GUUCUUCCAUUUGAUUGGAUAAGCGGUAAAAUUGAUGACAUUUCAUUUUGUUUACUUUUUGUUGAUCUGAUUCUUCAAACUAAAUUCAGUUUAUUAUCGAGAUUAAUUGUGUCGAUAUCAUGUCAUUUUCCUGUAAAAUUAGUAAUCUGGGAAUCAAAUCUUUUGCUCAAGCAAUUAAUUCUUGUUGUAAAUUGGGUGAAGACAUUUAUUUAGAUGCUACUCCUGCCAAGUUGACCAUCAAAGUCCUAAAUGAACCUUAUAAAUCAGCCUUCAUGUUGGUCUCUUUUGAUAGCGAUUUUUUUGAAAACUAUGAAGUGGAAGGACGAUUAGCCGUUAACAAUGACAAUUCCAUGAUUGAGGAUUCCCAAAAUAAUGGAAAUCGCUCAGUUAACAAUAGAGAUGCCAAAGUAACUUGUAAACUAAAGACUCGGUCAUGUUUAUUAGCUUUCAAAAAGGAGAAAACUUUGUCCAAAAAUCUAGACUAUUGUGAGAUUAAGAUCAAAUCUUCCCGUGAUACAGCUCAGUUCAAAUUCACAUACAACUCAAAAUGUGUCAAAACUAUGGAUUUACCUUUGGGUGGUGAUGGAUUAGAUGUCAAUGAUGAUAUUUUCCAGAAAGGAAAACAUAAAGUGACCUGUAAAUCGAGGAUUUUAGCUGAUAUUUUGACUUAUUUUGCCAAAGAAGAUGAAUAUGUCACUAUGAAGGCGAUGCCGCAAUCAAUUGAUUUUGAGACCCAUUUUGUAGACAGAGAUAAAAGUGGAAAAUUAACCAAAACUAAUAUUGACAUCGAUGAAUUUGAUGCUUACAAUGUUUCAGAUGAAAUUUUUCUCACAUUUUCUCUCCGACUAAUCAGACCUUUUCUUUCCUUCUGUUCAAUUCGAAUUCCAGAGAUUGACAUUUAUAUGGAUGGUUCUAAUCAGCCAAUCUGCUUUAAUGCCGAAUCUCCUCCCCACACUAAGAUAUCGCUCGCGCUGGCAACUUUAGAUGUUAAUCAUCCAAAUGCAACUAGAAAUUCAUCUAGAAGCUCAGUAAUGUAUCAAACAACCCGUUCAUCACAACAAGGGAAGGUAACACGAAAUUCAACUCGACGAAAUCGAUUCUCAUCUCAACAUAGUCAACCAUCAAUAUCUAACACACAAAAUUCAAGGCAUUCACAUUCAAGUUGGAAUCAGGAUGAUCAAGAUCUUGUUGAUGAACGUGUAAUAAGUAACGAGGAGCAUCACAAUUCAGUUGGUUCAGAUCGAAAUAGAGAGGAAAAUUCAAGAAUCAAUGAAAAUACCAAUCAAAAUACAAGUGAAAAUAUCAACCAGAAUAUUAAUACAACACCAACACCAACACUAGCACCAGAACCAGAACCAGAGCCAGAGCCAGCACCAGCAUCAGCACCAGCACCAGAACCAACACCAACACCAACAGACCCCGAAGAUUACGAUAUGAUGGACGAUGAUGAUGACUUUUUAUUUGACAAUUUUGAUGAUCAAUUUCCAAAUGAAUCAAUCAACGGAAACAAUUCACAAACUAAUUCAGCUCAAACUGACCGACAGGCUGAAGAUGUACCAGUUUCCCUCGAAAGCAAUAUCCCAUCAAGUGUCGCUUCAUCACAACAACUUAGCCUUAAUCUAAUCAACGGACGCCAACCGACAUCAACUCCUCUCCCAUCAACACCAUCAAACUUUGGCCCUCGAGCUCCUGAUGACUAUUGGAUGUCACUACCAAUAAAUGACCAAGAAGCCAGUGACGAUGACCUCUUAGUACCACCAACCGAUGAUGAGCAAGAUACAAGUACGGGAGAAUCCGAUUCAUUUUAAUCAAACAAUCUAUUCUCUUAACAAUCAGCGAAACACAACGAAACACAAUCAAAACCAAACGAAAGUUCAACAAUUUACAAUCAACUCACUAAGUGAUCUAAUUUUCUAUCGCCUCGUUUAAAAAAAAAUUAAUAGUCUUUAUGUAAUCUUAUUACCCUAUCAAUGUAAAUCUAUUCAAUCUAUUAUCUUCAUCAAUCAAAUUAAUUCAAAUCAACUAAAUUGAUUGGAUUUAAAAUCAACUAACAAUCAACCAAGAAAAAGCCGAAAACAACAAAAGCUUUUAAAGCUUCAUGAGUUUUUUUCUUCAUCAAAACCAUGUAAAGAAAACAACAAAUUCUUAUCAUCUAUUGUUAACCCAUCCCUUUGUUUAGUUGAUUAAUUAAAUUUACACAAUUUAAAUUCA